CAUGUUCCGUAAUAAAAGUUGAAGCUGAGGCUGAAAUCAGAGCUUAGAUUUGGCUUCAACUUUUAUUAUAAAAUGCUCAUCUAUUUGUGUAAACAUGUAUACCUAUGAUCUUUCCAUCUGUUCAUAUACUUUUAUUCACCGUGUAUAUAGCCAUGAAGUGAAAAGCAUUACAGAUUGGUACCGCGCAAGUGGUAGAGGAUCUUUUGUGAGAUGCGCGAAUUUUUACGAUUCUCUUACGAAACAAAAUAUAGGUUAAAGCAUGAACAAGAUAUAAUGUAGACUUAUCACGCAAUGUAAAUUUCUGUUCCACGAUCUGCAGGCCACAUAGCUAAUUUGAAUAAAUAUUUGUAUCUAGUCUAUAUAAGUUUCAUGGCAGCUAAGAUCUCUGUAAAUAAACAACAGUAAGAUAUUUAUAGCUAUGUAAAAUUAUUAUCAAUAAAUUGUAAUUACAUGUACUGUGUGUUGGUAUCAUAUUUACAAUGUAGAGUAAUUAUAAGUUGAGUUAGUGAUUGAACGUAUUUUACUUUACAAAAUGUUUGUCAAAUGUGUCAGCGUACUGACGUGCGCUGCAAGCUUUUUGUAUACGUUUUACAUUUUAUGUAAUCUGACAUAUUUCUUAUCAGUUCAUAACGAAAACAAAGAAAUAAUCAUUUCAUCUCAAAAAGAUGAAAAUGUUGAUUCGGUAUUAUGGUUGUUGAUAAUAAAUAUGUUUGUGUUAAGUGUUUUUAUGUUACAACACUCACUUAUGGCUACUGAUUUUGUGAAACAUUUAUUUUGUAAAUUUCAUAUGGAUUACAUGGAAAGAAGUAUUUACAAUGUUGUCAGUGCUAUGGCCCUUCAUUUAUUAUUUAAUCAGUGGCACACUAUAUCAUCAUUUACGUUAUGGAAUAUCAAUACAUCAUCUAAUAGUAGUACAUGGUUUAUAUUUACUGCUAUUCAUGUAUUAGCUUGGUCCAUAAUUUAUAGCGGAUGUUUAAUGAUGGAUAUAUCUGAAUUAACUGGGAUAAAGCAAGUAUAUUAUAAGUUUUCAUCAAGACCAAGUCCUAUGGUAAUGAAAUCUAAAGAAUUGUUGCGAUAUUACUCGCAUAUGAGACAUCCAAGCUUAACAGGAUUUCUUAUUGUUCUAUGGAUAUAUCCCUAUAUGACAUUAGACAGAUUAUUAUUAGCUUCCAUACUUACAAUAUAUAUGGCUUUAAUGUGGACCAUUGACAAGGAAGACUAUAAUUAUCAUGCUAAUGUUGUAAAAAGAAAGCAGAGAGAAUUAUUUUAAUAGCAAUUAGUAAAUGCUGUUUUGUAUUAUCAAUGUGUUCAUUGUGUUUAAGUUACACAAGUUUCAGUAUAACUUUUCUAAUAACGCUUUAUAUUAUAAAGAAUGUAUUUAAUACAAAUA